CAAAAAAUGAGUAAAGCCGACGAUGUUAAGGGUUUGAUUAUUUUAACGUACACGUUGAUUCAUUUUUAUUGUGAAAUUUAAUCAACAAUUACGUUGUGUAAAUAAAAUACUUUCAAAAUAUCAAUUCAAGUUGGAUUAUAGCACUUUUUUCUUUUGGUCAAUCAAUAAUUUUUCUUUAACCAAUAAUUCAUCACAUCUUUCACCUGAGCUACUUUAAUGGAUCAUCUACUCUACGCUAUAGUAUUAUCCGAAUUUCGUUUACGUUUCUAAUGAGCAACUGAAAAUGAAUAUUCUUGGUUUGUGACUCUACAACUUGCAAAAAGUUUUUAUUUUAGAAGUUGAAGAUAAAAAAAUAUGGCUGCGCAAUAAUUUUGUUUUAUCGCGUUAGUUCCACAAUUGAUCAACAAUAGUAAAGUCAGUAUUCGUAACGUCAUAUCUAUUUGAUAAACGGGACUCUCAUCGCUGCUUGGAUAAAAUUGCAAUAAAAUCAACUCGUAAAUGAUGUCGUUCCACAUCAGAGUGUACAAGUUACUGCAGCUGGGCAUCGAAAAAGGUUCGUCUUGGAAUCGAUUUUUUUCAACUACGCAAAGCUUCCGUGCGACAAAGAUGACCGUAAGAGAUGCCAUAAACUCGGCAAUGGACGAGGAAAUAGAACGAGACGAUCGGGUAUUUUUGAUAGGCGAAGAGGUGGCUCAGUACGACGGAGCCUACAAAGUGUCAAAAGGUCUGUGGAAGAAGUGGGGCGACAAGCGAAUCGUCGACACACCCAUAACCGAGCAGGGCUUCUGCGGCAUGGCGGUCGGCGCUGCUAUGGCUGGCCUGCGACCCAUCUGCGAGUUCAUGACUUUCAACUUCUCCAUGCAAGCCAUCGAUCAAGUCAUCAACUCGGCAGCCAAGACCAAGUACAUGUCGGCCGGCAUGGUCAACGUGCCGAUCGUCUUCCGGGGCAAUAACGGCGCCGCGGCCGGAGUCGCCGCCCAGCACUCUCAAUGCUUCGCCGCUUGGUACACUCACUGCCCCGGCCUCAAAGUCGUGGUGCCGCAUACAUGCGAGGAUCACCGGGGCCUCUUGAAGUCCGCCAUCAGAGAUCCCGAUCCAGUCGUCUGCCUCGAGAGCGAAAUGCUGCUCAACACGGAAUUCGAGCUGUCGGACGAGGCCAUGUCCAAGGACUUCCUCGUGCCGAUCGGCAAGGCGAAGAUCGAGCGGCCGGGCAAGGACAUCACCAUCGUGUCGUUCUCCCGCGGCAUGGACGUGGUGAACGCGGCCGCGCUCGAGCUCGCCGAGAAGGGCAUCGACGCCGAAGUCAUCAAUCUCAGGUCGCUCAGGCCCAUGGACAUGGAGGCGAUCUACGAGUCCAUCGGCAAGACUCACCACCUCAUCACCGUGGAGAUGGGCUGGCCGAGCUGCGGCAUCGGGGCCGAGAUAGCCGCCCGGCUCAUGGAGUCGGCGCACUUUUACGAGCUCGACGCGCCGGUCAUCAGGCUGACGGGCGUCGACGUUCCGAUGCCCUAUGCCGCGAGCCUGGAGGCGGUCUCGAUACCGCGCGUCGACGACCUCAUGCUCUGCGUCGAAAAGGUGCUCGGGACCAAGAGGAUGGGUGCGGCUAAGAAAAUCUGAAUGGAACCAAUUUGCCUGUCGAUUUUGUGACGCAUUGACAAUGCU